GGAAUCAUUGAAAAGACCAAACUAAAUAAAAAAAAAACAUCAUGCACGUUUCAUCCAUACUCCCUGUUACAAGGUGGCGCUAACGCACAUCACAAGUUGUUUAAUAACGAAGAAGACGAAUCUGCGGAAGACGACGCAGCCACUGACGAGUUAACAAGCUAGCAUGGAGGUGUUUGUUUGUGCCCCGGGUCGCUCUAGGUUUUCUAACUUUGUGUUUCCAGAAGGUUCUGUGGUUCGAGAUAUGCUGCUGCGGUUCGGCCAACAAUGGGUGUCGUCAAAUGACUUGUACGUUAACAGAGAUGGACGUCUGGCCAGCCUGGAUGAUCAGCUGCAAGGCGGGGCUGUCUAUCACCUGGUACCCCGUCUCCUUGGAGGGAAGGGAGGGUUCGGUUCAAUGUUGCGAGCUCUUGGCGCUCAGAUUGAGAAGACGACCAAUCGUGAAGCCUGCAGAGAUCUGAGUGGACGACGCCUGAGAGACGUCAACCACGAGAAAGAGAUGGCAGAUUGGCUGAAGCAGCAGACUGAGCGUGAAGCGGAGAAGGAGCAGCGUCGUCUGGAGCGUCUGCAGAGGAAGCUCAUGGAACCCAAACACCAGUUCAGCGAUGCCUCAUACCAGCAGCAGUGUCACGACCUGUCAGAGCGACUCGAGGACUCGGUGCUUAAAGGUCUGCAAGCAGCGUCCAGCUCCCAGGUGAGCGCCCACUUGUCCCCCAAGAGACACACCUCCAGUCAAAGUGAGCCGCCAAUCAAGAAGCCGAAGAAGAUGGGGGCGUGUUUUUGGACUGGUGUUGGUGAGCUGAGCUCAGAGGAUGACGACGAUUCACCAUCCACCUCCUCCUGUGCAGCUGCUGCUACCAUGACAACACUGAGGGUGGAGCCUGGGCCAAGCAGCAGCAUGGAGGCCACGCCCCUGCAGGAGGAAGUCGCGGUCCAGGAGGCCACGCCCCCCCAGGAGGAAGUCGCGGUCCAGGAGGAAGUCGCGGUCCAGGAGGAAGUUGCGGUCCAGGAGGCCACUCCCCACCAGGAGGAAGUCGCGGUCCAGGAGGCCACUCCCCACCAGGAGGAAGUCGCGGUCCAGGAGGCCACUCCCCACCAAGAGGAGGCGGUGGCAGUGUCCAGAUGCUCAUCUGUGCUGCAGCGUGGUGAUGGUGGCGAUGACGUCCUGACAGUCAGCGUGUCGUCUGCCAAGAGCAUUCAAGAGUUGGAACGUUUGGGUCUGGAGGUUCUCAAGCAGGAACUGAUGAGUCGUGGAGUGAAGUGCGGAGGGACGCUCAGCGAGCGUGCCUCUCGCCUCUUCGCCGUAAGAAACCUGCAGACGGACCAGAUCAACCCAUUACUGCUCGCCAAGCCCGCUAAGUCCAAGAGAAAAUGAAGACAAAGGUCAAAGAGAAAGGAAACUUCCUGUUUGUUUUAAAUUACUUUUUUUUUUUAGCUUGUUUGGCUCAAAAGCCAGGGUCCCAAGUCGUGACCUGUGGAUCGUCCACCUCUUCGAAACAUUCAAUGACAUCGCCAACAAGGAACGUCACCUCCGAAUCGGCUGACAGACCGCACUCCAUUCCCGCCUUCACGGUGUUCACAUCAUCUUUGUGGUGCUUUAACGCCAUGAGAGAACCUUUCGAGGAACACAUGCAAUGUUCAAUAAACUUGUUGACAAACCCUGAA